GAAGAGUAGCAAUUCAAAAACCCUUCAUAUCUAUCACCUUUAAAGUGAGCAUAGAUGGCUUCUCUUUUGAAGUCGCUCCUCUUCUUGUCUCUCUCUUCUUUUCUGACUAUUUGUCCCACUUGUUGUAUUUCUAAUGAAAUUUCCACUUCUGAGGAAGAAGUCUACGAACUGUUCCAGACGUGGAAGAAGGAGAUUAAACGAGAAUAUCAAAACCUUGAAGAGAAGGCAGAGAGAUUUGAGAUUUUCAAAAGCAAUUUGGAAUAUGUCAAAGAGAAAACUGCAAGAAGAACGUCAUCGUCAUACCGCUUAGGUUUGAACAAGUUUUCCGACAUGAGUUUUGAGGAGUUCAGUAAAAUCUACUUACGCGAGACAGAGAGUCCUGUAAUCGAAAGCGACAAGGGCCAAACGGUGUCCAACAGUGAAUCUUGUCCUGAAGCACCUCCAUCCUUGGAUUGGAGAUUUUCUGGAGCUGUAACUUAUGUUAAAGACCAAGGCCGAUGUGGAAGUUGUUGGGCAUUCUCGGCAACCGGGGCAAUCGAAGGAAUACAUCAGAUAGUCACACAAUGUCUUCCGAGCCUUUCGGAGCAACAACUCGUGUCUUGUAACCAAUAUAGCAAAGGCUGUGAAGGAGGCUCGUACGUUGGUGCAUUUCAAUAUGUCAUUGACAAUGGUGGAAUUGCCACAGAAAGAGAUUAUCCCUACACAGCUAACGAUAGUGCUUGCAAUUCCACACUGGCAAAGAAGAUAUAUACAACUAUCGACGACUAUAAAUUUUGGAGGAAGACACCUAUAUCAGAAAGUUCUCUCUUUUGUGAUGUUGCUAGGCAGCCUAUUAGUGUUUCCAUAAAUGCAAGCAAAGAUUUUGUGCUGUACAAGAAUGGAAUCUUUAGUGGGGAUGAUUGCUCAGACGUUAGUUCAUCAUGUUUCCAUAAUCACGCUGUAUUAAUUGUUGGAUACGGUUCAUCACUUGAUGGUCAAGAUUAUUGGAUUGUCAAAAAUUCAUGGGGAACCACUUGGGGACUCAAUGGUUACAUGUUGAUCAAAAGAAAUACUGAUGUUACUCAGGGAGUAUGCAACAUGUACUGUUCCGGUGCUUACCCAAUCAAAAGGAAAGAGACACCACUUCUAUUUGAAGCUUGAUUCUUCUAUAUAUGAAGUCCACCUAAAUCACUAGCAAAUAAAGCCAACUAUUUUUUUUUGCGUGUGUGUGUGUGUGUGUGAUUAUGUGUUCGAGGCUUGGAGCCCAGCAAACUGUAUAAUAUAUAUGUACACUGGGAAGAAAUUAGUAGCAAAUGAUUUGCCUUUAAAUAAAGCUAAACGUAAGCGGAAGCAUUCA